GAGCACUUGCAUCUCUUUAAAUCAUGGUGUGACCUCCAUUGCGGCCCCUUUACUUGAUGUCAGCACGCUAGUGAUCACAUCUCCAGCCUCUCAAUCAGAAAUCAGCUAAGCAAUUGAUCUCUAAAAUGUCUGCUGAGUUUGAACUUUGUCCUGGAAGGAAGAUAGGGGGCUCCAACCCCUGUUUUAUCAUCGCUGAGAUUGGACAGAACCAUCAAGGAGACAUAGAAAUAGCCAAAAAAAUGAUCCGAAUGGCCAAGGACUGUGGAGCUGAUUGUGCCAAGUUUCAAAAGAGUGAGAUCGAACACAGAUUCACCAAACACGCUCUGGAGCGUCCCUACACGUCCCCUCACGCUUGGGGACCGACCUACGGGGCUCACAAGCAUCAUCUGGAGUUCAGUCACCAGCAGUACAGAGAACUGCAGCAGUACGCCAAUGACAUUGGCAUCUUCUUUACAGCAUCAGGGAUGGAUGAGAUGGCAAUUGAAUUUCUUAAUGAAAUCAAUGUGCCGUUUUUCAAAGUUGCCUCUGCAGACACCAACAACAUCCCUUACCUGGAGAAAACCGCCAAAAAAGGUCGUCCCAUGGUGAUAUCUAGUGGAAUGCAGUCGAUGGAGACCAUGCACUGUGUUUACCAAACCGUUAAGAAGUACAAUCCCAAUUUCACUUUCUUGCAGUGCACCAGCGCUUAUCCACUGCCGAUAGAGCACGUCAACCUCAGUCUGAUCCCUGAGUUCCAGAAGGAGUUUCCUGAAAUUCCCAUUGGAUACUCUGGACAUGAGACGGGCAUCCAUGUGUCUGUGGCUGCUGUGGCACUCGGGGCGAAGGUGCUGGAGCGUCAUGUGACCCUGGAUAAGACCUGGAAAGGCAGUGACCACGCAGCAUCACUGGAGCCGGCUGAACUGGCGGAGUUGGUGAGAGCCAUCAGGACGGUUGAGAUGGCAAUGGGCUCGUCAAUCAAACAGAUGCUGCCCUGUGAGGCUUCCUGCCACAGCAAGUUGGGUAAGUCAGUAGUGGCCCGGAAACCAUUGCAGAAGGGCGAGAUAUUAACUCUCGACAUGCUGACAGUAAAAGUGGCCGAACCGCAGGGUGUGAGACCAGAGAACAUCUUCAAACUGGUUGGCAAGAAAAUCACAGAGAACCUGGAAAAAGAUGCCACCAUCACUGAUGCCAUGAUAGAUGGCUGAUGAUUGUACACUCCAUAACUAAAGGGGCAAUUAAGGGGUCUGUUAUUAAUUAUCAGUAACAGUAUAUAAUAAAAUAUAUA